AAAGUCAGAUUACGCUGUGUGUGUCUCAUCCUGCACACAGAUGCGCAUUACUGUGACCGGCUGCAUAAACUCAUCACAAACGUCCGUGUGCAAGAGACCUGGGGCAUGGAAAGAGCUUCAUUCUAAGAGUUUUUCCCAGAAGGAAAUCUUUGAGUCAGAGACGAGCGUCCUGCCAACAUGUUCAGCACCAAAAGACUAAAGAAGAAGUCCCAGUCGGUGGAUAUCGGCUCUCAAAGUUUUCCAGCGCGACUCAUCCCGAGUCUGUCCUUAAACAGAUCUUCACCACCUGUUGCCAAGACAACCACAUCUGAGGUGCAAGAAAACAACACCACCAAUUCCCAGCGCCGUGGUCCGCAGUGCAGCGAUCUGAAACGAGGAUACACAAUAGAUACCGGCCAGAAGAAGACGCCGGAGAAGAAGGAUGGAAGGCGGAUGUCGUUCCAGAGACCAAAGGGCACCAUCGAGUAUUCCGUGGAUUCGCGGGACACUCUGAACAGUAUCGCGCUGAAGUUUGACACAACUCCCAACGAACUUGUUCAGCUCAACAAACUCUUCUCCAGAAAUGUGGUCCCUGGUCAGGUCCUAUAUGUGCCUGAUCCGGACUACGUGUCCAGUGUGGGCAGCUCUCCCUCCUUCAGUCCCAGCAGCCCGCUCUCUCCCACCUCCUCAGAAGCUGACCUGGAGAAAGUGAGCAGGGACUCCAAUGGUCCACCUCGCUCCGAUGCUUCUGCCCCUCCAGUCUUCUCUGCCCUGCGGCCCUCCCGUGUGGUUUCCUCCACCUCGGAGGAAGAAGAGGCGCUGACAGAGAAGUUCCUCAAAAUCAAUUGCAAGUACAUCACAGAUGGCAAGGGUGUUGUUAGUGGGGUGUUGCUGGUGACGCCCAACAAUAUCAUGUUUGACCCUCACCGGACAGACCCUCUGGUUCUGGAGAGAGGCUGUGAGGAGUACGGCAUCAUGUGUCCACUGGAUGAGGUUCAGUCUGCAGCCGUUUACAGAGAGAUCACCGACAGCAAGAUCCGUGACUCCAUACCACCGGAUUUUGAAGCCGUGUUCUCUGGAAGCUCUCAUCAAACGGAUCAGCGUCUGCGGGAGGGUUAUGACAGCGCCAGCACUGCCCCCCGCAGCACCGAGGGCUCCAUCUCAGAGGAUGUCUUCACAGAGUCAGAGCUCUCGCCCAUCCGGGAGGAGCGGCAGUCCACAGAGGAGCUACAGCAGGAGGACAAGUCAUCAGGAGCCUCGUCCCAAUCCAUGCAGACCCUCCUUCAGGAACCUCAGACGGCUGAGGGCAGCCAUACAGAGGAGGAGGAGAAAAAGCCAGAGGAGGGAGAACCAGCCAGCAAAACUGCCCAGCCCAAACAACCCAGCCAGGAACAGCCAAGCACACCCACCAGCAGGGACCACCAGCAACCACCCCACUGCCAGACCGAAGGAGUCGCUCCCUCCUCAGGUUCUCAAAGUUUGGCCCCUGGAGCAGGGGAGGCCUCGGGACAGGAAAGCAGCCCCGAUGGGGCUAAACUGACCAGAGAUGGUACUCGAGAUUCAGAGACGGAUGUAGAGGAGCUGAGAAAGAUGUGGAAGAGUCACACUAUGCAACAAGCCAAGGAACAGCGAGAGAGUGUCCAGCAGGCCCAGAGAGAGAACGACCAACAGUCUAAGAGCAGCCAGACACUGAGCUCUGCUGAGGGCCUCAUGGUGUUCAAGGAGAGGCAGAAGUCUCACAAGUUUCUGUGUCUGCGGGUUGGCAAGGCCAUGAAGAAGACGUUUGUGUCCAACGCCAGUGCCUCCAUGCAGCAGUACGCACAGCGUGACCGUAAACAUGAGUACUGGUUUGCUGUUCCCCAGGAGAGGUCAGACCACCUGUACGUUUUCUUCAUCCAGUGGAGCUCGGAUGUUUUUGGGGAUGGGGUAGGAAGCAUCAGCCGUGAUCCUGGCUUCAUCGUGGUGAAGAAAAUCGAGGAGUCAGAGGCAAACGAGGAGCAGCAAACUGUAGAAAAUUCAGAUAAGGAGUGGGAGGUAGUGUCAUGGACUGAGUACCACCGCCGGAUCGAUGCGUUAAACAGUGAAGAUCUGCGCUCCCUAUGCAAACGCCUCCAGAUCACCACGAAGGAGGAUGUAAACUCCAAACAUGGCACGUCCAUCACCGCCAGCCUGGAGCCAGAGACUUUUAAGCCCAACCUGAACGAACCCAGUGACCUUCUGGAGGCCGAGCAGAUCGAGAAGCUGGCAAAGCAUCUCCCACCCAGAACCAUCGGUUACCACUGGAAUCUGGCCUUCAGCACAUCUAAACACGGCAUGAGCAUUAAGACGUUGUACCGGGCCAUGCAGGAUCAGGACUCUCCCAUGCUGCUGGUCAUCAAAGACAGUGAUGGACAGAUAUUUGGGGCUUUGGCAUCAGAACCCUUCAAAGUCAGUGAGGGUUUCUAUGGCACAGGAGAGACUUUCCUGUUCACCUUUUAUCCAGUGUUUGAGGCGUACAAAUGGACUGGUGAUAAUCUGUUCUUCAUUAAAGGAGACAUGGACUCUUUAGCCUUUGGAGGAGGAAGUGGUGAGUUUGGGCUUUGGCUGGACGGGGAUCUUUAUCACGGUAGGAGUCAUUCAUGCAAAACCUUCGGGAAUCCCAUGCUCUCCACGAAGGAGGAUUUCUUCGUGCAGGAUAUUGAGAUCUGGUCGUUCGAGUAGCAGCUCACACAGAGGUACCUUUUUGUUGAGAGAGGAAUCGGACACCAGGCAGAUCCCAAACCUUACUGCACAUCACCGCGGCUCCCAGGAAGCCCGUAACGGACGCUACUGUUACCGCGCUUGUCGUAUGUUACUCCUGCAUUUAAUACAGAGCUCUUCUUUGUGCUGUUUAGUAUGUGUGUGUUUUGUUCAAGCCGUGUGCAGCGUCAAUAACCAACGGGACCCCCCGAGCACUUUUAACAUCGAGUGGAGAUGAGGAUGAUGGUGGUGGCGGCAUGGGGUUUGGGCUACCCGAGAACUGCCAUAGUCCAAUUUACCUGAGCCAAAGCGCCAGGAGUCUGUUGAAGAGAUGGUGUUAGCCGAUAGGAUGUCACUACUAUUGAUGGGGGGAAAAGAAAUGCAAACAACUGAAAACACAUUCCCUUGCUCUCAGAGGAAGAAUAGGCAUUUUUGGGACGGCGACAGAUGGCGGUGGCAUCCGCGAAAAGACGAUAACACAUCCGUAGUUUCUUUUGAGGCGAAAUAUUCAAGUGUCGUGAAAUUCGUAGUCUUUCUGUCGUUCGCUAUCAUAGCACACCAUGUCGAAGCACAUAAUCGGAAACCCCAUAGUCGUAAUGUUCUGUUCAGUGGGUUUUACGUGUGAGUGUGGCUAACGUCGACCCCUCCACUUCGGAAGGGUCGACUUUUACUGUUCGUAGGCAGAAAUGUGUCGCAAUAUAUUUGUGGAAUAUGCAAAUUCCUGUCCUGUGACCUCAAAUAAUCCAGACGGGGUACUUUUGUUUUCCCCGUUUCUCUUUCCGAGAGACCUUUUACGUCUUGACGGAUUAAUUGCUUUUCUGGGUAUCAUUUGAAAAGCCUGAGACGUGGUUUAAUUGUUUUUCAUGAAUAUAAUGACAAUUCUAUAUUUAUGUAUAUGAUUAUAUAUAUAAAUUCA